AAAAGGGAAAAACAAGACAAGAAAGUCAAACUGCCAAAAAAGGAAAAAAAAGACAAGGAAGUCAAACUGUCUAAAAAGGAAAAACAAGACAAGAAAGUCAAACUGCCUAAAAAAGAAAAAAAAGACAAGAAAGUCGAACUGUCUAAAAAGGAAAAACAAGAUAAGAAAGUUAAACAGUCUAAAAAGGAAAAACAAGACAAGAAAAUCAAACUGCCUAAAAAGGAAAAACAAGACAAGAAAGUCGAACUGUCUAAAAAGGAAAAACAAGACAAGAAAGUCGAACUGGGUCAAAAGGAAAAACACGACAAGAAAGUCAAAUUGCCAAAAAAGGAAAAAAAAGACAAGAAAGUCAAACUGUCUAAAAAGGAAAAACAAGACAAGAAAGUCGACCAGUCUCAAAAGGAAAAACAAGACAAGAAAGUCAAAUUGCCAAAAAAGGAAAAAAAAGACAAGAAAGUCGAACUGUGUAAAAAGGAAAAACACGACAAGAAAGUCAAACUGCCAAAAAAGGAAAAAAAAGACAAGAAAGUCAAACUGUCUAAAAAGGAAAAACAAGACAAGAAAGUCAAACUGCCUAAAAGGGAAAAAAAAGAAAAGAAAGUCGAACUGUCUAAAAAGGAAAAGCAAGACAAGACAGUCAAACUGUCUAAAAAGGAAAAGCAAGACAAGAAAGUCGAACUGUCGAAAAGGGAAAAACAAGACAAGAAAGUCAAACUGCCUAAAAAGGAAAAAAAAGACAAGAAAGUCGAACUGUCUAAAAAGGAAAAAAAAGAUAAGAAAGUUAAACUGUCUAAAAAGGAAAAACAAGACAAGAAAAUCAAACUGCCUAAAAAGGAAAAACAAGACAAGAAAGUCGAACUGGGUCAAAAGGAAAAACACGACAAGAAAGUCAAAUUGCCAAAAAAGGAAAAAAAAGACAAGAAAAACCUAAAAAGGUACAACCUCCAAAAAAAGCCAAACCAUCAAAAAAAUCAAAAUCUCCAAAAAAAGCCACAGAACCGAAAAAGGUCAAACCUUCCAAGAACGUCCAAAAACCUAAAAAGGUCAAACCUCCCCAAAAAGAUAAAUCACCCAAAAAAGCAAAACCUCCGAAAAAAGCAAAACCUCCGAAAAAAGCCAAUGAACCUAAAAAGACCAAGCCCUCCAAAAAAGCCAAACCACACAAAAAAUCAAAACCUUCGAAAAAAGCCAAAGAACCUAAAAAAGUCAAACCUCACAAAAAGACCAAGGAGACUAAAAAGGCCAAGCCUCCCAAAAAAGCCAAACCACCCAAAAAAGCCAUUCCUCCUAAAAAAGCCAAAGAACCGAAAAGAAGGAAACCUCCCAAAAAAGCUUAAAUUGUUAUGA